AAAGCGGUUCCGUUCGUGGAGCUGGUGGUCGCUCACGGGUCCAUACUUACCAUUCUUGCCAUCUCUUUUGAAAGACCAUUGAAAGCGGGCUAUAAGUGUACAAUUCGUAGAGCAAUGGUAAUCAUAAGCAUCCUAUGGAGUGUGGCAUUUGUGGCCACAAUACCGGUGCUGUUCGGCACAGAGCUAUCGCAGGCCCGCUAUAAUGACGGCAGUCUAGUG